AUGGGCAACUUUGCGACCAAGCCAACCGCAUCCUCCGACAACGUGCAAUGGAUGGAGUGCCACAACGCCGUCACCGCCUUCGUCGCCACCACGACCUCGGCGCCGACGAUGCACAAGCACUGCUUGGCGCUGGACAGCGCCCUCCGGACGAGCGCAACAGCUGCACAAUGGUGCGCACGUGUCGUCACGUGCACGUGCACGUUCAUUGCCAAUCGAGACGACGACGACGCCCGAUGGAAGCUCGUGGAUUGCCUCCAGGAGGCGCCCGGCGCCUUUGAAGCCACGGACGUGGCUUUCAAAUACAGCCUCGAGACGCUCCGCGGCAUGCGAGAGUGCAUCGUCCAGUGCCAUCAAGAGCAACACGCCGACACGUCGAUGCCACUGUCGUCCCAUAUCGAGGUCGACGCGUGCACCAACCUAGCGAUCUAUGGAACGUACGCCAUCGACGAGGGUUGA